CCCCGAUUUUCCUCUCUCCCCCCCCCUCCACCUACACCUGCCCUUCCGCCAUGUCCCAUCCCAUUCAGGCCCCCCCCACGGGUCCGGCGGCCCUCCAGGCCCCGCUCGACUCCUUCCGCGAGAUCGACCUCACUCGCCGCUACCCGCCCAGCCUGCAGCUGGAGUAUGUGCAGCUCCUGCAUCGUGAGGGCAUCUUCAGCCCCCAUCAGGACCUCUUCAAGUCCUUCGGAUUCCUCGACGAGUCGUCCACCUCCUGCCGGGAGUGCUCGCCGGUGGCCAAUCUCCGCCUGGACCUGCAGCAGACCCUGAACGGGUCGAUCCCCGGCGGCACGUCGCUGCCCUUCCGCGUGGUGAACUCCUCGCUGCGCACGGCCGGCGACGUGGCCGAGACGGAUGCCUUCUCGGCGGCGCAGGAGCACGUGUCCUCCGGGUCGAUGGCCGGCACGUCGGAGCUGAUGGCCACCUGCCGGCCGGACACCCUGACCGACCGCGGCCGGAUGGGCAUGCGCACACUUGGGCACCAGCUGCGCAACCUGUACGCCGAUCGCCGGCUGCGCUUCCUGCCGGAGCGCCAUGAGCUGGGAUCGCUGUCGGUCCGGUCGCUGUCCGACCCGAAGGCCAUCGAAUCGGCGGUGCACCUGCUGCAGGGGCUGUACCCGUCGGAGCUGGGCGCCACUCGGCGCCGGGCUGCCCCGGAGGCCGUCCUCCAGCCGAUCGGCCCCCCGACCGACCGCCCGCUGGUGGACAUUGUCAUUCGCGAUCCGGUCGACGAGACCCUCGUGCCGGAGAUGGCCGGGUGCCGUGCCCUGCGCGCUGGCUUCGCCGAGGCCGUGGCCCGCGUGGAUGCCCUGUACGCCGAGGAGAAUGCCUUCCUGACCGAGCGCGUGGGGCCCUUCCUCCGGGCGCCCGACACGCCGGUGGUGCCGGCUUCCAAGGCGGCCCCCGGGGCGGUCACCGUGACCGAGCUCUUCCAGGGCCUGGCCUCGGGCCAUGCGCAUGAGCUCCUGCCGCGGGAGCUCCGGCCCCGGCCCAGCAGCCACCUGUCCACCGGUGCCGGCUUCGAGAAUGACGACCGCGUGGUCGAUCGUCGUGGCAAGAAGACCGGGGCCUUCCGCCGCGGCAAGCAGGGGCCUCCCCUUGGUGAGACCUUUGCCCGGCUGGAGAACUACGCCACCGAGGCCUCGCUGGCCGGUGUGCUGGCGCGCGAUGCCAGCCUGGCUGGCCUGGCGGCCGGGCCGCUGCUCGGCGACCUGCUGGAUGAUGUGGGCCGGGUUUUGGACUCGCGCGAGGCCGCCCUGCAGGCGGCUCGCCAGGCUGGCCGGCUCCCGGUGGACGGGGCCGGCUCGGUGGCCGUUGCCGGGGCCGCCGUGGUCCCGGGCUUCUCCUUCACUCCCCUGGAGGAGGGCGCCCAAUACCGGGGGUCGGUGACUGCCUCCUCGGCCCCGGCGGCUCUGGCCCGGUCGGGCGUCACGGCUCCCACCCACUCGACCCCGAUGCUGUCGCUGUAUUCCGGCACGGAGGACAGCCUGGUGGCCCUGCUGGCGGCCCUCGGCGGGUAUGAUGCCCUGCGUGGUCCGGGCGGUGCGCCGGCGCGCGAUCUUCCCGAGCAGCUGGCCGCCACCCGGGAGCAGCCCUUCGCCACCAGCCCGGUGGCUGACCGCCCGGACUUCGGCGCCUUCGUCACCUUUGAGGUGCUGCGCGAGCGGCAGGUCACCCCGCCGGCGCGCUUGGGCCAGCUGGCCUCCAGCCGGGCGUCGGACCCGUCGCGCGUCAGCGGCACCGGCGCCGCGCCGCUCCUGGAGGGGUCUGCCGCCGCCGCGGCUGCUGCUCUGGCCGCCGAGGCGGCCGCCAGCGCCUCCGGCAACAAGCACAGCGCCGACGAGAAGACCACUCGCUUUGUGCGCAUGCUCUACAACAACACCCCGAUCGCCAUUCCCGCCUGCGCGGAGGCCGCUCGUCUUCAUGGCUUCACCGACUCGAUCUCCGAGUUCCACCCUGGCACCGGGCUCGGCGGCGAUCCGACCCUCUGCCCGCUGGACCGCUUCCGUGAGAUUGUCACCGAGGUGGCGGCCGCCGACCGGGCGAAGCUUUGCUAAGCCUCGAGCACUUCCUCCCCCCGCUCCCUCCCCCCCUCCCCCCUCCUGUCGUGGUUGCCGGAGCCCACCGGGCCACUGUCAUGUGCAUUGAGUUGCUCUCCUCCCUGGUCCAGAGCCACGUGUAUCGUGUGGCGUCCUUUCUUCCCCCCUCCCCCCCCCCUCCC